GGCGUCCCGUCACGAAAUGUUUCCCCUAACAAUGAAGCAAGGAAGUCUCGUCUGUUCGUGAACACGAUGUGUCGUCGUAUUGUUUAAUUUGUAUUUUUGGCGUGGCGCGCGUUGUAGCUAAUCAGAAAUGGAUUCCCGGGAGUCUGACAAUAUGGCGGCUCGCCCCUUGAGACGGUCGACACGACAGUCGUCAGGUAAAGUGUUGAGUUUCGAGCCGACUCCCAGGGGUCCCUUAAAGAGGACCAGAAGAGGGUUAGAUAAAAAAGCUCCUCUUUCAGUUGUCAAUGGUUCCAGAGAUGAGGAGACUGGUUCAGAGGAUGAAGAGUCCCCCAGCAAGAAGAGUCGACCGGAGACCGGAGGAGACGUUGGCGGCGGGGGUGAUGAGAAUAAUGAGAUGGAUGUCCAAGAACCAGCUGAAGAUCUGGUGAAAACGGAACACCAAGAAAUGGAUAUUAUUAAGCAGGACUCCUCUCAUGGCACUCAUCAACCAAACAUAUGCCACGAUGCCCUUGGAGAUGUGAAUUUAUCCCCUCGUGUUGUGCUCAGUGAAUGCUGGCGAUCCUGUCAUACUAUGAAUGAACCUGUGAGAGUAACACCGUCAACGACAGGAUCUGUUACCUCCACCAAGUCUGUCGCACAAAUCAGAUCACCAGCAACGAGACAUGAUGUGCACGUUCCUAAGGUCACCAGCAUGGACGAGUACAAGAGGACGAUGGAGGCCAAAGCCAAGAGCUCUGGUGUACCGACUGUUAACCACCGUGUCCCAGGCGUGUAUCCAGCCUCAGAGAAAUCCUACACAACACGACAACGUGUGAAUAACAUUCCAACACAAAAAGAAACUGUUCCACGCAAAAAACAAGUGAUAAAGAAAACUGCUGAUAUCAAGAAAAGCUCAGGACGUUCCUCUAGAGGAUACAUGUGGUGUUUCUGGCGUUUGGUUCUCCUGCUGCUGCUCAGUUCGUCUGCUGUCUUGCUGGCGUACAAGAUCAUUCCUGUACUCCAGAGGGCUGCAGAUGGCAGAGAGCAUCCAUCCAGAGCUGUGAAGCCAGAAAAGUUUGCAGAGUACCUGUCUCUUCUUGAGGCUCAGUUCCCCAGUCAGCGGCCUGACUUGUGGAAGAGGAGCAAGAUCCACCUGGAGAAGCACCUCAAUACAUCCCAUCCCACAGAGCCAGUCAGUCUGAUCUUCACUGCUGGCUUAAGUGCAGAGCAGACGCUGCGCUGCCUGGCUCAGGGGCUGGCAUCAUCCUACUCGUCUGCCCUCAACGCCUCCGUCCUCCACAUCGAUGGAGCCAGCAAAGCCAGCCAGGACAGCGAUGAGGUGAAGCUGGACAUUGACAGCCAGUUGCAAGCUGCCUUUGAAGGAGACAAACCCGUGGCCGUCAUUCACCGCUUUGAGGAGCUGCCUCCGGGCUCUACCCUCAUUUUUUAUCGCUACUGCGACCACGAGAACGCAGCAUACAAGCGCGUGUUCUUGUUGUUUACUGUGCUCCUGCCUCAAGAGGAGAUCAGGCUUGACCAGAGUCUGAAGGAGGUGGAGGAGAAGGUGCACGACUGUGUCAGCAAAAGGCUGGUGGCCUCCAGCAACCCAGCCGCUUACAAUAAGAUGGACGUUGACAAGUUCAGUGGACUGUGGAGCCGCAUUUCCCAUCUUACUUUGCCUGUUGUGGCUGAGACGAAGGUAGAGCAGAAUGGAUGCUGAUUAGCUCAGCUGCCAUCAAAGAGGAAGUCAGGAUGCUACUUUGGACCAGCCUGAUCCUUCUUGACACUGUGCAGGGGCUAUAAAACAGAAGUAAAAUGUGUGUUAUAUUUCACGUAUAGACUUGAGUUAAAAUGUUUGAAGGGUGUAUUAAGCUCUCUCUGUCAGAGCAACUGUGUUCAAGCUGUAAGUUCAAUGUUAAUGGUUCAGUUUAACUGCUCACAAGAUGUCCAGCACUGAGUUUUUACAUUUUGUGUAAAGGUUUUGCAUUAGGAUGUAACAUGCUUGUUUCACCAUCGUUCCACUUCCAAAGUACGGUAUGAAAUGCAUAUUCAACAUACAGUAUGCAACAUACCGUUUAACUGAUUGGUUUUCUCCUAGUUCUGUAUCAUAAAUCUCAAUCGGCAGCACUUUGUUCAACAGCUUUUUUUCAUUUUCUGUUUAAGUCUUUGUUUUAGGUGUGAAAGAUAUAUUUCUUGUUCUGUAUCAAAUCUCCCAGACAACUGAUGGCUUUAUUUUAUAUUUCUGUUCGAUGUCCCCAUGGAGAUGUGUGUCCCUUCUUUUAAAUCUCUUGUGUACAUGAUUGGUUUGAUUUUUGCACUAGAAAUGUUUGAUUUUGCUUUAACUAUCCAUUUUAUCAAAAGUACUGGCUUUUAUUAAGAUAAAUAUUUUAUAUUCUUUGUUUUUUUUUCUGAAUGUGUAUAUUUGUGAUAUGGUGUCUUUUUCCCAGACUGAAGUAUUUUUUGAUAGCUGUGUAUAUAUAUUGGAUAUAAAAAGGUUAGUUCUUUAUACUUAUGGUCAAGAAACCACUGAAAUGUACUUAAAUUGUUUUCAACCUAGAAACAUACAGCAUCUCACUCAGUGAUUUGAAUUUCUAAAAAUAUUUUGACUAAAUAUUAGUCAUUAAGUCACAAAAUGUGCCUUACACUCAUAUAGAGAAGAUUAGACUGUAUUUGGAAAAAGUACCAAAACACUCGCGUACUGUAUCUUGGCAACAUCACAACCCAAACAAGGUUUUGCGUAUGUAGAUUUGUACAAAUUUUUAAUUUCAACAUAAAGGAAAGUGUUCUCUCCUGUGAUACAGCUCAUUUUACCAUUCAUGAAUUUAGUUUUGCUCGUAAGAAUAUGUGUACAUUUUCAAUAAAGAUUAUUUUGAUAACUGGA